CCUGAUCGCUUUGCUUUUCCAUCUUGAUCUGGCUUUCAGCUUUCUUGGGUGAAUUUUACUGGUAUGAACGGGUUUCACGAGGUCACAACGUAGCCCAGAUCGUGUCGGAUCGGGUGAAUCAACCCAAAACCGCGUACUAGCCUUUCUCUCCUCCCUUCGGUACAAAGGGUCUUUUUUUUACUCGUCCAGUCUUAUACCGCCACGCUUCUCUUGGAAAGCAGGGAUGUCGCUCAGAGAUCGGUUUCUCAAUCUUAGCAUGCACGAUCGCGCCCAAACCGUGAACCUGCCGCUGAUCACGACGCCACCAGAAGACAAUGAUAUGGUGUUAAGCGAACUCAAAGGCGAUCCGAAGCCAUCGUUACGGACGAAUGACAUCUGCGCCUCAGACGCCAAACUUGUCACCCCACAGCUGGAUGCCUCGCUGUGUCGCAUCUAUCGCUACACCCCAAUACCGACCGUCGUCGUCGACGCGAACCUAUCCAUAGUGGAAGUGUCCGACAGUCACCUCGCCCUCUCGGGCCAGACCAGGGAUACAUUGCUCAGUACUUGCAUAUGUGAUAUUGCCCCUUCCAUCGUCCCUGUGCCAGAUAUUCCAUCCUUAUAUGGCGCGAUACGAGCGGCUAUCUCAACGAAAGAAAUUCAGUUGAUCGAUGAUAUUCAUCUCAGUGAUAAGAAUUCGUACUUUCGACUUCAGGUUACGCCAAUAUAUCACGACCGGACUUUAUUAUAUAUAGUUUUCGAGGCACAUAAGGACACUAGGGAUCGCUCUGAUACCCAAGAUCAUCACCAUGCAUAUGUGAAUGAAACGUACAAGAUCCUGGUUGAUACCGUCAAAGACUAUGCCAUCUUCAUGCUGGACACCUGUGGCAACAUUACAACUUGGAAUCCGGGUGCUGCUAUCAUGAAGGGCUACUCCGCUUCCGAGAUCAUCGGCAAGCACUUUUCCGUGUUUUACAGUCCCGAAGAUCGGCGCAACAAUAAGCCAGGGAGGGGCCUGGCAGUAUGCUUGCGUGAUGGAAGGAUGGAAGAUGAAGGCUGGCGCUACCGCCAAGAUGGUUCUCGAUUCUGGGCCAAUGUAAUGAUCACCCCUGUUUACGAGUUCGGCCGUCAUGUCGGAUUCGUGAAAGUGACCCGUGACUUGACCGAACGGAAGGCGGCUGAGGGGCGUCUGAUCGCCGCUUUCGAAGAAUCAUCAAGACUCAAGACUGACUUUUUGGCUAACAUGAGUCAUGAGAUACGUACGCCAAUGAACGGCAUGCGCCUUGCGUUGUCUAUGCUGACAGACACCGAGCUCGAUAACAACCAGCGUGAAUAUGCAUCUAUUAUCGAGGAUUCUACGUCAGUAUUGCUACAGAUCAUCAACGAUAUCCUGGAUUACUCGAAGCUAUCCUCAGGGUCAUUCUCCCUGACAUCGGAUAUUGUGGAGGUUGACAGCGUCGUGGGCGCAGUUGUGCGAAAUUGCAAAUCUUCCCUAAAACCAGGCGUCACCCUCAGUUGUUCCAUGCCGCCGAAUUUUCCUCCAGCUGUGCGUGGAGAUCCUCUACGAUAUCGCCAAGUACUCCAGAAUCUUAUCGGCAAUGCGGUGAAAUUUACGGAGAAGGGGCAUGUCCAAAUAUCCACAUCAUUCGCCAUAGACGCUCAGGAUCCAACAAUGUACAACAUCUCGACCGAGGUAGUCGAUUCAGGAGUGGGUGUACCUGGAAGUGCUAUCAACACCUUGUUCACGCCAUUUACACGGUUUGCGGAUUCUACGAGGCGGAAAUACCAAGGCACCGGGCUCGGCCUUUCCAUUUGCAAAAGCCUAGCAGAACUCAUGAACGGGAGUGUAGGCUACCGACCAAAUCCGGACGGUCCUGGUAGUGUAUUCUGGUUCACAGCUAAAAUGGGGCGGACGGAUACGCGAGUGCCAAUCAAGCGUUCCGGCAUGACCCCUACUGACAGCUCGGAAGAUCUUAUCAAAAAGUUGAAAGAGGUCGCGCCCCGCAAACAUAUCUUGCUCGUGGAGGAUAAUUUGGUGAAUCACAUGGUAAUGCUGAAGCUCCUGCAGAGCUUCGGGUUCGAGCGGAUUGAUGCUGCCUGGGAUGGGGCAGAGGCUGUUAGGCUAGUGAAACAAACGCCACUAUCUUACAACGUAGUACUUAUGGAUAUCAGCAUGCCAGUUCUAGAUGGCCUCGAGGCGACAUCUCAGAUCCGGAGUAUGAAGAUUGACGUGCCUAUCAUUGCGCUCACUGGCAAUGCUUUGAAAGGCGACGCUGAAACCUAUCUCGCCAAAGGUAUGAACGACUAUUUGGGAAAGCCUGUGCAUCGCAAUCAUCUUCUGCAAGUGCUUUGGAAGUAUCUAGGUACAUGACGACUGAGUUUCUCACCGAGAUAUAUGGCUGUGGGCGUGAAAACGCCUUUUUUCUUUUUUCUUUUUUUUUUCAAGGAACCGCUAGUUUGUGGAUCAUAGGGUUGUCGCCAAUAUUGACCUCCCUCUCAAUCUUCGUCCGUGCACUCACCGGGCCCUUCAUUAGCUCCAUCAGUAUACUUGAGCUGGUGGUGCCAAUCUAAUUAGAUGCUGGAUGAGUGGCUAGCUCGAGAGAUCCAGACUCUCCUGUGUUGGUGGUACCCACUCGGCAACAGGGUGCCAUUGUCUAACAGACGGCGCUCUUGCUGCCCGAAACAAGGCGUAGUAUGGAGCCCGGAAGGCUCUCUUAGCACCUCUGUUUCGCCUUUCGAGUACGGUAGUCCCGUCUCCACUGCCGAAUUAUUUCCGACGGAAUUGGCCGGAAACCAAAUAUGUAUAUCUAUCUGAGACAUUAGAGUUAUUGCACGCGUCAUCAUUGGACUACUGUAGUACUGUUUAUACGCUAGGGACUGAAC